AGAAAGGUCCUCCUCAGACAAUAGGCUCAGAGGUCAUCUUUGGCUUCGGGAGGGACUGAGGGACCCUGAGGGGCCCUGAGGGGCCCUGGCCCCUGGUCUCCUUCACCUACCGGCACAGGGCCAGUGAGGGAUUUGCAGCGGAGAGGGCAGGGUAGCUUCAGCUCGCCCAAGUACCACCGCCCGGACAAGGAAAUGGGGAAGAUCCACGAUGCAGCCAAAGCUGGCAAGGUUGCAAAAGUCCAGCAGUUCCUUCUUCUGGGAAAAUGUGGCCUGAAUGACCUUGACUGGAAGAAUAGGACUGCACUACACUUGGCCUGUUCCUCUGGACGUCCAGAAGUUGUAACUCUCCUGGUAGAUAGGAAAUGCAAUAUUAAUGCUCGUGACAGCAAAAAGUGCACAGCUCUUAUUAAGGCUGUAAAGUAUCAACGAGAAGAAUGUGUGACUAUUCUUUUGGAACAUGGUGCAGAUCCAAAUGUUGUAGAUGCGAGGGGCCUCACUGCUCUUCACCAUGCUGCCUAUACAAAUAAUAUAUCAAUAACAGCGAAACUACUUUCCCACAAUGCAGAUAUUGAAGCAAGAAACAAGGUAUAG